AUGAAGUGGAGACGUGCCUUGCCCAUAAACGUGACAUCUGUGCCUCGAACGGGAGCACGUCCGAGGAGUCUUGGUCUGGGUCUUGGUCUUGGCCUAGUUACAACACCAGCACCUCACGUCUUCCAGCAGCGCCCCACUCUCACUACUUUCACUUUCACUUCCAGCAGACCCCAACUUAAGCCGCUCCAUUACCGCCCUUUUCACACCAGACACGGCCUCCAGUCCGCGGCUGGUGCAGAGCCUGGGCUAUCCUCAUAUGCAGGAUGCACUUCGCCACAAGCACAACACUGCCAGAUCAAGAUCAUCGACUACUCGAAGACCCGGCUCGAGGAGAACCAUGUGAACAGCCUUGAGCUAGACGCGUUUCUGCGUGAUCGACCCAAGCCAGGCUGGGCUGCUGCACGAUGGAUCUGGGUGAAUAGCAUCAGCUUGGACGUCAUCCAGUGUCUUGGGAGAAGCAAAGGCCUACAUCCUCUGGCGAUUGAAGAUGUAAUGGAUACGCAUGCUACGACCAAGGUGGACUGGUAUGACAAUCACUGCUUCGUCGAGAUGAACCUCGUCCAGCUCGCCCACGAAGGUUCGAAUACAAUUCGUAGAGGCUCACACGCACGUAACGAGGUCAAGGAGCGCAAGAGUCGACGCACGCUGGUACCAGGUAGAUUCGGCAUGUCUGUCGAACAAGUCUCCGCCUUUCUCACCAGUGAUAAUACAAUUAUUACCAUCUUCGAGCACUCUGGUGAAGAUGUCUUGGCGCCCAUCAUGCUUCGUCUUCGCUCGCCACAGACGGUCGUUCGCUCAAGCGGAGAUCCAUCUAUGCUUCUGCAGGCAGUGAUUGAUGCCGUUGUUGACUUGUCACUGCCAAUUGGCAUUGCUGCGAGCGAAGCGUUCGACGACCUGGAGCAAGAUGUUCUGGAGAAUCCCACGAUCGGCCAGUCCAAGCAACUCCACAUCUUGAGAUCAGGCCUUACGCAACUAAUGGAGAAUGCCAACGCGAUCGCUAUCCUGGUUCGAACACUAUGUGAUCAUGGCAGUAUCCCUGGUUCGCGCCGCCGGCUGGAAGAAGGGUCUCCUGACAGCAUACUUGUGCAGCAGUUAAACACGAGCGUUGUCAUCUCGCCUACUACGCAGAUAUAUCUGCGAGAUGUCCAGGACCACGUCACCGCGCUGUCGAACAAUACGCGUACGUCUAUACGGUCUGCGGAGAACCUGUCCUCUCUCAUCUUCAAUACCAUAGCUGCAAGCCAGAAUGAGAGUGUCAGGUCACUCACGUUGGUAUCCAGUUUCUUCCUGCCCCUCACCUUCCUGACCGGCUACUUCGGCAUGAACUUCGAGCCCAUGUGGGCGACGAACAACCAUAGCGAUGCGUUCUUUUGGCUGAUAGCCACGCCUGUCAUGUUGACCACCAUGACGAUAUUGAUGAGGGCACGAUCGAAGGUUAAUCGGCGGCAACAAUGGAUCACGCAAGGUCAGCAAGCAAACGUUGCGCCACGACGCCUGCGAAGCUGAUGUACCACCGGGGGGGAUGGAUCGACACAGUCCAGCCUGGAAGAGUGUGCGUCAAAAGUACCUUAGCAGGUUGGUGCCAACAAUCGCGACUUCGACACUAGUUUCUUUUAUUUUUCGGGGCAAACAAUUAGUGCUUCUCGCUCUCAGUAAAAGCUGCAAAGCUGCAGCAUACUAUAUAAAUGAUACAUGUAUACCAAGCUUCA